UAUCUGGAAAGUGGUUUACUAAAUCAUAUAGAAAAAUGUAAAACCGAAAAAAGACAACAGUGGCGAAAUGCAUCAGCUAAUGCAGCAACAAAAAAACUAACAGAAUUGGCUAAGUAUUUUUCUAAAUUUAACCUAUUCGUUAAAUCACUUAAAAAUUACUCUUUAUGUGAACAGCAUUAUAACCAGAUCGUCACCAAACCUUCUUUUAUUAAACAAUUAACAAACGAAUCAGGUUUUUUAAAUUUAGAUGAGAACGAAAGAAAAAAGUUAAAACUCUCUAAUGAUAAUGAAAAAAAUUUUGCUGAUUUUGGUAUACAAGUUGAACCAACUUUCGUCGACUUUGGAGUUCAAGUAUCUUUGUCAACUAUCAAUGUUGGAGUUCAAGUAUCUUUGCUGACCGUUGACUUUGGAGUUCAAGUAUCUUUGCCGACCGUUGACUUUGGAGUUCAAGUAUCUUUGCCAGAUCUAAAAUAUGAAAUUCUUUUAGAACAAAUUAAAAUUGCCAAAAAGGAACAAAAUAAUUUGUAUGAAGAUAUAGAAGAACUUACUAACUAUCUUUCAGUUAUUUUAGAAGAACUUCUUCUCGAAAAAAAUCAAGAAACAAAUGCGAUUGAUGACUUGGUAAACUCUCAAAGCCAGAUAGGAAAUAUGAAAAAAUGCUAUUUUUGUCAAGUCUCCGAUAUCGAUAAUAAGAAGCAG